UGAACUGUAAUAUUGGGAGCUAUCCUAUUGAUUAAGAUCCAAGAAUAUUAUGGAUUUGUGGAAGGAUGUAUUGAACAGUCCUACAAAAAUAGUUGCUCCUAUGGUGGAUGCAAGUGAAUUACCAUGGAGAAUUUUGAGCCGAAGAUAUGGAGCUCAAUUGUGUUAUACCCCCAUGUUACACAGUAAUAUAUUUAUUAAAGAUCCGAAAUACCGAAAAGAAGCUCUGGCUACAUGUGAUGAAGACAAGCCCUUAAUUGUUCAGUUUUGCGGUAACGAUCCACAAAUCAUUCUUCAAGCAGCUAAAAUGUGCGAAGAUUUCUGUUGUGCAAUCGACAUUAAUUUAGGUUGCCCUCAGGCAAUUGCUAAGAGAGGACAUUAUGGUGCUUUCCUUCAAGACGAAUGGCCUUUAAUUGAAAAUAUUGUACAGACUUUGAGCGGACAAUUGAAGAUACCAGUUACUUGUAAGAUAAGGAGAUUCGAAACCAUAGAAAAAACCGUUAAAUAUGCUAAGAUGCUGGAGAGAGCAGGAUGUUCUAUGCUAACUGUGCAUGGACGAACGAGGGACAUGAAAGGACCGAUGACAGGCAUUGCUGAUUGGACAUAUGUGACUGCAGUAAGGAGAGCAGUGAGUAUACCUGUUAUAUCCAAUGGAAAUAUUCAGUGUAUUCAAGAUGUCUACAGAUGCUUGGACGAAACGGGCGCUGUUGGAGUAAUGACGGCGGAAGGGAAUUUAUACAAUCCAGCAAUAUUCUUGGGAAUCAGUCCACCAGUGUGGGAACCUGCUAAAGAAUAUUUGGAUUUGGUGGAGCAAUAUCCAUGUCCACUCUCUUAUGUUCGAGGUCAUUUAUUCAAGCUAUUCCAUCACUUAUUAUCUCUCCCAGAAAAUAACGGAAUAAGAAUACGGUUAGGUGAAGCCAAUUCACUGCAGCUCUUCGAUCAAAUCGUUGAAGAAUUGAAAAUUAAAUAUCUACCUUUUCAUCAAGGACUCGAAGCUUGGUCAUGCACGACCGAAGAAGGAACUCAAAAUCUAAUACUACCACCCUGGUUGUGCCAACCCUAUGUGCGAAUGAAUGUUGAAGAACACAUAAAAAAAGUUGAAGAAAACUCACAAGCCGAAGAUAGUUGUGAUUCUCACAAGAGGGUUUAUCAAGAUGCUGAUGGUAAUCCAAUAAGUAGAAAAAAGAUGAAGAAAUUGAGGCGAAUAAGCAGGCGACCUGAGAAGCAAGCAAUUUGUGAAAAGUCAUUCUUUAAGUGUAGCAACUGUGUUAACCCAAUGGGUUCCAAAUGUAAUUAUCAGCUGUGUAAAAAGUGCUGCAGAGACAAAUGCUUUUUGGAAAACAUGGAUUGUAAUGGACAUAGAAUUUUAGUGAGAACGAGACGUAAUAUGGCAAAGUAUUAUGCAUCGACGAAAAGUGAUCAAUGAAGGAAAAUAAAUAUAUAGAACAAAACCUAAAUAAAUUAUUUUAUGCAUAA